UGGCUUUUGUCCUCAACAGAUGGCCAUUUCACUGGAACUCCUCCAACGUACGGUUACGACGCAGACCGAGCAGAGGAGCAGCGGCGGCACCAUGACAUCCUGCCGUACAUUGACGAUUCGCCAUCAUCCUCGCCGCACCUCAGUUCCAAGAGCCGCAGCAGCCGGGACACGCUCUCCUCAGGAUCACUGGAGUCCUCCAAGUCGACGGAGUGUGACCUUGAAAAGGGUUUGGAGAUGAGAAAGUGGGUCCUGUCUGGGAUCUUGGCCACAGAAGAAGCAUACCUCAGCCACCUAGAGGCUCUUUUACUGCCAAUGAAACCACUGAAGGCAGCUGCUACAACGUCCCAGCCUGUUCUCACAGUGGCCCAGAUUGAAACCAUCUUCUUCAAAGUGCCUGAGCUCUACGAAAUCCACAAGGAGUUUUACGACGGACUUUUGCCCCGCGUCCAGCAGUGGAGCCACCACCAGAGGGUUGGAGACCUCUUCCAGAAACUGGCCAGCCAGCUCGGAGUGUAUCGGGCAUUCCUGGACAACUAUGAGCUUGCUGUCGAGACAGCGGAGAAGUGCUGCCAAGCCAACUCGCAGUUUGCUGAAAUCUCUGAGAACCUGAAGGUGAGGAGCCCUAAAGACUGUAAGGAUACAGCCAAGAACUCCCUGGAGGCUUUACUGUAUAAACCUGUGGACCGGGUGACGCGCAGCACUUUGGUGUUACAUGACUUGCUCAAACACACACCCACCAGCCACCCGGACCACCCACUCCUGCAGGACGCCCUGCGGAUCUCCCAGAACUUUUUGUCCAGCAUCAACGAGGAGACGACGUCAAGGCGCCAGUCUCUAGCUGGGAAGAAGGGAGAGAACCGCCAGCUGCUGAAGGACAGUUUCAUGGUGGAGCUGGUGGAGGGAACCAGGAAGCUGCGGCACGUCUUCCUCUUUACUGACCUGCUGCUCUGCGCCAAGCUGAAGAAACAGAUUGGAGGUAAAAACCAACAGUACGACUGCAAGUGGUACAUCCCCCUGACUGAGCUGACCUUCCAAGGCCCCGAAGACACCGAGCCCCUCGCCAUUCCCCAAGUCUCGGACGAGGAGCUGGACGCCGUUAAGGUCAAGAUCUCACACCUCCGCAGUGAGAUUCAGAGGGAGAAGAGAGCCAACAAGGGUUCAAAAGUAAUCGACCGACUCCGGAAGAAACUGUCGGAGCAGGAGUCUUUGCUGCUACUAACGUCUCCCAGCAUGCCGCUCAGAUUGUUCAACAAGAACGGAAAGAGUUACAGCUUCCUGAUUUCUUCUGACUACGAGCGUUCAGAGUGGAGAGAGAUAAUCAGGGAACAGCAGCAGAAAUGUGUUAAAACUCCCUCACUGACGUCCAUGGAGCUCCAAAUGUUGACCAGCUCCUGUCUCAAACUCCAAACUGUCCACAACAUUCCUCUUAGUCUGAAUAAAGAAGAGGAUGAAUCCUCCGGUCUCUACGGGUUUCUGAAUGUAAUCGUCCACUCUGCCUCUGGCCUCAAACAGAGUUUAAAUCUCUACUGCACAUUGGAGGUGGACUCAUUUGGCUUCUUUUUAAAUAAAGCAAAGACGAGAGUCUACCGAUACACCACUGAACCCAAGUGGAACGAGGAGUUUGAAAUCGAGCUGGAGGGCUCUCAGACCCUGAGGUUGCUCUGCUAUGAGAAGAGCUACAACAGGACCAAGCUGAACAAAGAAGACGGAGACAGCACAGACCGCAUCAUUGGGAAAGGACAGAUCCUGCUUGAUGCUCAGAUUCUUCAAGGCAAAGACUGGCAAAGAACAGUUAUCCCUAUGAACGGGGUUGAAGUGAAACUGUCGAUGAAGUUCACCAGCAGAGAGUUCAGCCUGAAGAGGAUGCCCUCAGAGAAACCCAUGGGCGUGUUUGGAGUUAAAAUCUCCACAGUGACCAAACGGGAGCGCUCCAAGGUGCCCUACAUUGUCCGUCAGUGCCUAGAAGAGAUAGAGAGGAGAGGCAUGGAGGAGGUGGGAAUAUACAGAGUAUCAGGGGUGGCCACUGAUAUCCAGGCUCUGAAGACCGCCUUUGACACCAAUAACAAAGACGUGUCUGUGAUGAUGAGCGAGAUGGACGUCAAUGCCAUCGCCGGAACCCUGAAGCUGUACUUCAGAGAGCUGCCUGAGCCCCUCUUCACUGAUGAGCUCUAUCCUAAUUUUGCAGGUGGCAUCACCCUCACUGAUAGUGUUGCCAAAGAGAGCUGUAUGCUGAACUUGCUGCUGUCACUGCCAGAACCCAACCUAGUCACCUUCCUUUUCCUUUUGGAUCACCUCAAGAGGGUGGCGGAGAAGGAAAGCGUCAACAAGAUGUCUCUGCACAAUCUGGCAACCGUCUUUGGGCCCACUCUGCUCAGGCCGGCAGAGAAGGACAGCAAGAUUCCUUCUAACCCCACUCAACCCAUCAGCAUGGGGGACAGCUGGUCCUUGGAAGUUAUGGCACAAGUCCAGGUUUUGCUGUAUUUCCUGCAGCUGGAAACCAUCCCCACCCCGGACAGUAAACGACAGAGUAUCCUCUUCUCCACUGAGGUGUAGAGCUUACUUAGACUGUCUGCUCUGAACUCAUUCUAGUAGAGGUGUAAAAAAAAAAAAAAAAAGGGGAUGGACACUGGCUCAAAGUGAGCCCUCUGUAGUGUGUUUUUAAAUUGACUCGGAAGGAUUGUCUCUUCACAACAGAAGAUGGCGCCACUCAUCUCUGAAGCUCAGAGGAUUUGAGGUCAUAAUUAUACACAUCAUUAUCCAAUAGUUAGUGUGAUUCCUGGCACCUGUAGUUAUUCACCAGGUGAUCUGCUUUUGUCACAGUUUACUUUUGUUCUCGUCUCACAAAUGAAGACGUGGUAAAAUUCAGCACGUCUUUCUUGACUCUCAUGUACUUUUACAUUGCGGCAUUGUACUCAAGUUUGCAUUUAUUUUUGGACAAUCAUUAAGUCUUGCAAAACACAUGAUGCCAUCUCAAAUGUUUUUACACAUCCAAUCUCUUACAUCGUUCUCGUUGCAUUAUUUCAGGAUAGACGAGACAUUUUUUAUUUAUUUUUUUUGGGCCUUUUUCAGUCACCAUUUUUUUUAAAAGGCAAUGAAAGCCGACACCUGAUCGCGCUUACAACAAAAACAAACACGAUUCAAGUUGAGAGCUAUGACUUGAAAUGUGUUGUGGAAAAAAAAGAGAAAGAAUUUAGUUACCCAAUCUGUCUUCUUUCCUAACCCCCCAAAAAAGCAGAUUUAUUUGGUCAUAUUUUUAUUUGAUCUCAUUUGUUUCUUAAGGUAGACUCCAGCCUAAAUGCACAGGAAGCAAUACAUUUUCUAAUGUAGGAAUUGUCGAAAUAUUCGUCUCGUCGUAACAUAGGACAUCUUGCCAAACUGUCUUUGUUGUGUUUUGGGGAUAAAAUGAGGCAUGUACAUGUUUGUAAUCUUAAAGUUGUAUUUUGUUUUAAAGUUGUUACUAUUAUUUAUUUUUUGGGGGGGGAUCCUGUUGAGGAAAAAAAGUCUUUUUUUUUUUCUUUAUGAAAGUGGUAGGUUUUAUCCUCGACUUUGCUGUAGAAGAGCAAGAUUUCAGCCUUGUUUUUAACAAUAAUCCCCCGUGAGCUCUCUAUUUAAAUACCAUUAUUAUUAUUAUUAUUAUUAUUAUUAUUAUUAUUAUUAUUAUGAAGGUAACGCAAGCAUUGUAGUCAAAUCCUGUAUGCUGCUGUGGAAAAGGCACAAGCGUCUUUAACUGCUGGGUGUCUCUUGGCGGAUUCGUCUCGCCUCCAGAGACGUCUGUCGCCCGUCUAGUGUAGACUUUAUGCAACAGUCAUAAUACAGAAAACUCAUACAAAUCAUGUAGGAGAUUAUGUUUUUUUUUUUUUUUUUUUACCAUUUAAUCUGUGGCAACAGAAGUGCACUCAUACAAUAUUAAAACUACUGUAUAAGAAUUUAAGUGGCCUGACAAUUCUGUGUUUAUGUCCAGUGAGAAAUACUUUUU